AUGGUAUUUGAGCACCCCAGCGGCGUGUUACCUGACCGACUAGCACGUCUUACGUCCCUUGGAUAUGCUAUCUCCAAGGGGGACGUUCCCGAGAUCCAGAAGCUUUUGAAGGGCGAUCAUGGCUGGCUGCUCAACGAGGCCGAUUACUCCGGCAAUACGCCUUUGCAUAUUGCCGCUACAGGACCUAGUCUAGAAAUCCUUCGGAUCCUGCUGACAAAAGGCGCUUCAGUGCACCUGCGAAACAACACCGGCCGAACGCCUUUGUUUGCCUCAGCCAAUGCCGGACUCAUGGAACAUGUCUCCCUACUCAAACGGUCAGGGGCUCAUGUCCAUGCGGACGAGCUCAGCAUGGCUCGAUUGCUCGCUCAAAGUUCACCAGACGUAUGGAGCAUGGUUGGAGUGGCGUAG